AUGUAUUUGCUUGUAGACAAUUAUCUAAGGAUAGGAGUCUUCCGCUGUUUAUCCUCCGUUUUUAAUUCGGAACUUCCAGAAUUUGAAAAAGAUUUACUGAUAGAAAAAAGAACAGAAAUCGUAAAUUUAUGUUUGUAUUUAUUUAAAGAAACCAAGUUAUUUCUAGAAUGUGAUCAAGACAAUACACAGAUGAUUGUAAGACGGCAAUGUUGGCAAAUGUUAAAUAGCUACUGUAAUCAUUAUCAUGGUCUGAUUGAAAAUAGAAUGAUAAUUAAUAUUGCAAUCGAUGACAUGAAAUAUACUAAACAAACUUUAUUACGCAAAAAUAUUUUGUCAUGCUUAAAACAAAUGUCCGCGGUAUCGGAAGGGUAUGAUUAUAAAUCUGCUAGAUUAGAAAAAUGGAAGUUGAUAUUUCGAAAAUUAAUACCACAAAUAUUUGAAGAAAAAGAUCCUCAAACACUACCCAUUCUUAUUGAAAGUCUAUCAACAAUUGGAUCAGAUUUAUUUAAUGAGCUUGAAGAUGAAUUAAUUGAUCCUUACUGUGAUGAAUUACAUGUGUUUGUUACCUGUGAAGACCAAAAUAUCCAAUCAGCUGCAAUAGCAACAUUGGGUACAUUAAUUAAGUAUGAAAAGCUAUCAAAAAAUCCAAUUUAUAUAAGACACACUAUUGAUGGUUUGCUUUAUGUUUCAUCAGUAAAUAAAGUAAAUUCAGUUCAAGAAAAGCUAGCAUGGACAUUAAACUGCUUAUCUGAARUCUUGGUAGACAAUUGGGAUUUGUAUGAAAUUGAAGAUGAAAAAUUAUUAUGCUUGGCAAAAGCUGCUCUAUCAACACUUGACCGUAAACCAUGUAGAGCUUGUGGUACUAGGGCAUUAGGACUCUUUCUGUCAUUAAUUGAUCAUACUGAUGUUACCGGACAGCAAUUUGGUCCUUUAUAUGAAGACUCCAUAGAUAUUUUAAUUAAUAUUGCCAAUGGAAAUGAUAGUAUGAAAAAUCGUUGGAAUAGUUGUAAUUCUCUAGGAGUCUUGUAUCAAACCAACUCUAUCCAAAAGUUACCAGAAACUUUAAGGAACAAUGUGUUUAAUACAUUAUCUACAUUAAUUGUWAACUGCUGUAACUUUAAAGUCAGGCAUGUAGCUUGUUCAUCUUUAAUGUAUAAUUGUCGAAAUCUAUAUGGUAAUAAUUACUCAAAAAUGUGGCACAGACUGUUUGAUGCUUUUGAAAAUGCUCAAAAUUUACCUCAUAUUUGUGAAUACAAGCAUCAACAAAAACUUAUAAAUCAGCUUUGUGCAUCGUUUUGUAAUUUGUGUAGUUUACUUGAGCCCUCAGACAUAAGUAGUUUAACAUAUUUGUUUGAUUCACGGUUACACCUAAUUCARAAUGAGAUUGGAAAUUUUUGUAAUUUGAAUGACAUUCCAAAUAACUCUGAAAUGUUAGCAGCAACACAUAAUCAUUUACAUGAUAUGUUGAAAACCAAACAACUGACAUCUAAACAAGAAGAGAUUGUAAACAGCUUAUUGAAUAUGUUUGAUAAUCUUUAAAUUAUCUUAUAAUUUUGUUA